AUGGCGACUAACGGACAGUCAUUACCUGAUCGAUCGGCUAACGCCCAGCCGCUACGGAGAGCAGAUGAAGCAGACGACCUUCUGACCUCAGUAAAAGCCUCAAUCAUCUCCUUCAUACGUGCUGCCGACGAAGAUGCCUCGACGAAACCCACAGGCCAUGGUCUUCAACAACCCGGCCAAGGUCCCCGAACCGCCCUCCUCGAACACCAUCCCCCCAAGAAACUCUCCCAACUCCUCAACUUCUCCCUCCCAGCCCAAGCCCAUGGAAAGGAAGGCCUCCAAUCGACCAUAGAAAGCAUCCUCCAAUACAGCGUCAACACCUGGGACCAAGGCUUCCUCGACAAACUCUACUCCUCCAUCAAUCCCGUCGGUCUCGCCUCGGACCUCCUCCUCAGCGCCCUAAACACAAACCUCCACGUCUACCAAGUCUCCCCCACCCUCACCCUCAUCGAGAAACAAACCGCGAAAGCCCUCGCCCAGCUCUUCGGUCUCAAAGGCGCUUUCGCAGGCGGUGUCUCCCAACCCGGAGGCAGCGCGGCGAACCAGAUGAGUAUGGUCGUGGCGCGGAAUGUGCUUUUCCCCGAGACGAAAACUAAGGGGUAUGAGGGCAAGAAAUUCGUCGUUUUCACCUCAGCGCAUGGGCAUUAUAGUGCUGAGAAAGCGGGGCAGAUGUUUGGGUUUGGGUCCGAGGGGGUGAAAUCUGUUCCUGUGGACGAGCAGGGACGGAUGAAAGCCGGGGAGUUGGAGCGCAUGGUUGAGGUUUCGAAGAAAGCGGGUGAGACGCCCUUUUACGUCAACGCUACAGCGGGUACUACUGUCCUUGGCUCCUUCGACCCGCUAGAUGAAAUCGCAGACGUGUGCCAGAAACACAACCUUUGGCUGCACGUCGACGGCUCAUGGGGUGGUCCGGUCGUCUUUUCCGCGAAGCAGAGGCAUAAAUUAAACGGGGUGGAGCGGGCGGAUAGUGUGGCGCUCUGUCCGCAUAAGAUGAUGAAUAUCCCGCUCACCUGCACGUUCUUGCUUGCCAAGGACCUGAGGCAAUUUCAUCGCGGGAUGACGUUGCCGGCUGGGUAUUUGUUUCAUGGGGGUGAUGGGGGGAAGGAGCAGGAGGAGGGUGGGGAUGAGAGUGUGGUUGCGAGUGAGAGGGGGGAGGCGCAUGCGGCGCAGGAGCAGGAGGACGUGAAGGAGGUAUGGGAUCUGGCGGAUCUGACACCGCAGUGUGGGCGACGGGGGGAUAGUCUCAAGCUCGCACUCUCAUGGAUCUACUACGGCUCCUCCGGCCUAGAAGCGCAAAUCGAUGCCGCGUUCGAUGCUGCCGCAUACCUCGCCGACCUCGUCGCCAAGCACGAUAAAUUCACCCUGGUGUCCGCGAAUCCGCCUCCUUGUCUACAGGUGUGCUUCUACUUCUCCAAGACGGCUGGGGAUGCGAAGAAGAAGAAUUCCAGGAUGACGGAACAGGUGUGUCGGAGACUGAUACCGAGGGGUUUCAUGGUCGAUUUCGCGCCGGGGGAGGAAGGGAGGUUUUUCCGGGUGGUGGUUAAUUCGCAGACACGGAAGGAGACGGUCGAGGGGCUUGUGAAGGCGAUUGAGGAAGUUGGUGGUGAGAUCGACUCAUGA